UCAGUCAGCGGGACGCAGUGUCAGACCCGAGGUGACACGAGGGGAGAGGCUUUUCCCCUGAGCAGAGACAGGCCUGAGACUCGGCUGCGGCGCCUCCCGUGUCCCCCGGCUGUCCUCGCGCUUGUCUCCCGCCAAUUAUUCCCUCUCGUCCCCCGCCUCCCCCGGUCCCCAGGUUCCGAAGGCGGAGGCCGCACUGGUGGACCCGGCGCAGGUGGGUGCUGCGCCCCCGUAUCCUCCCCGAUCUUCGUUCCUGAGUCCUGGAGCCUCGAAUGAGGGCUGCCCAGUGCGGAUCGUGGGGGCGCUCGUGGUGGGGCCCCACUUCUGACAACCAGUUUGAUGGGCCGGAAGGACGGACAGGCAGAGGGGCCGGCAGGUGCAAAGGCCCGGAGCGCGACAAAGCUGGAGCUUUCGGGGAGCCUGAGCCUUUGGUGUCCGCCGGGCCCCGAGUGUGAGCAGUUGUUACGUCUGGAACAUCAGCUUGAGCAGCUCUGCCUUCAUUCUCGGUGCUGGGGACCACGGAAGGUUCUGAACAGAGGGACACGAUCUGAGGGUUUUACAAGUAUUCCAUAGGCUGCUCAAGGCAACAGACUUGGAGGGCGGGGUGGGGAGGUGAUGAGGAGAGUGAGGCACAGGAAGGAAGACACCUCGUCUGAGGUAAUGGCCUUUGGGUGAUCCUGAGGACUGAGCAGAGGGUAGACAGCUCUGGGGCUUAGUGGUAGGGCAGGCAUAGGGGACAGGCAUGAGGCCUUGAUGCUCCUUCGUGGUUGCCUGUCUCUCACAAUCUCCCUCAUUCUACAGGUUCCCAUGAACUCGGAUGUAAUUAUGGACCCCAUACAGGUGCAGGUGAACUUUGAGGAUGUGUUCGUGUACUUCUCUCAGGAGGAGUGGGGACUCCUUGAUGACACUCAGAGGCUCCUGUACCGUGAUGUGAUGCUGGAGAAUUUUGCACUUAUGGCCUCACUGGGAUAUACAUCUAUGUCUUGUGAGGUGGACCCACUGGAGCUGGGCAGCAAACACUGGGUAUCAGCCUGGACACACAUGACUCCAGCCAGGACCAGAGAAACUCAGAGUGGGUGUGGCCCUGGUUCUUGGCAGGGAAUGGAGGAUGAGGAGAUACCUUUUAAACAGAGGGUUACUACAGAAGGAGUGUCACAGGUCGGGACUCCUAAGGCAGGCCUUUCUACCCAGAAAGCCUACCCCUGUGAGACACGUGGCCCGGUUUUGAAAGACAUUUUGCACUUGGCUGAACACCAAGAAACUCACCCUGAGCAGAAACCAUGUGCAAAACAAUUUUCCUUCAGUGCAAACCUUCACCACCAGAAACAGUGUAGUGAAGAGAAACCUUUCAGAAGAGAUGAGGGCCGAGCCUUUCUUGUGAACAACUGUCCUGUCCAGCCAUUGGAUAUGCCCUUUACAACUGGGGAGGCUUGUAAGGAUUUCUCAAGUAGCUCAGGCAGUUUCCAGCACCAUGCUCCUCACAGUAAGUGGAAGCCACACAGUGACACCAAGUGUGCAGAGGUCUUUCACAGUGGACAAAGGCAUUUUGAGUGCCAUGAAUGUGGGAAAACCUUCAGCCGCAAAGACUCACUUGUCCAGCACCAGAGAGUCCACACUGGAGAGAGGCCGUAUGAGUGCAGCGAAUGUGGGAAAACCUUCAGCCGCAAACCCAUACUUGCUCAGCACCAGCGAAUUCACACUGGAGAAAUGCCGUAUGAGUGUGGCAUCUGUGGGAAAGUUUUUAAUCACAGCUCCAACCUUAUUGUACACCAAAGAGUUCACACUGGAGCAAGGCCUUACAAAUGCAGUGAAUGUGGGAAAGCCUACAGCCACAAAUCCACACUUGUUCAGCAUGAGAGCGUCCACACUGGAGAAAGGCCUUAUGAGUGCAGUGAAUGUGGGAAAUACUUUGGUCAUAAAUACAGACUCAUUAAACAUUGGAGUGUUCAUACCGGGGCAAGGCCUUAUGAGUGCAUUGCCUGUGGGAAAUUCUUUAGCCAAAGCUCUGACCUUAUUGCACACCAGAGGGUCCACAAUGGUGAAAAGCCUUUCGUGUGCAGCGAGUGUGGGAAAGCCUUUAGCCACAAACAUGUGCUUAUUCAGCACCAUAGAAUCCACACUGGAGAAAGGCCCUAUAAGUGCAGUGAAUGUGGGAAGGCUUUCAGGCAAAGGGCUUCCCUUAUACGACAUUGGAAAGUUCACACUGGAGAAAGGCCAUAGGGUAUCAGGGAAUAUGCCAUCUCUGUGUUCACCAAUGGCUGACGCCAGAGAAGCUCUGUGAGCCGCCUUCGAGAGUAGCCAUCAGCUAGAAUUUGAAUCCCAUUCCUCUGAACAUCCAUUUGAGGGCCACUGCAUGGAAAGCUUUUCUGAAGUAAUGUUGCACUUUGUCACCUGCCUAGGACCUCUGACAGAAUCCUUUCACUGUCUGUCUCUGAGAGAAGCCAUCCAUCUAUGCAAUGACAGGGUCCCAUGUUGUACAAACGUCAGCUCAACAUGCUCUAUUAGGCAGGUCUGUGCUGCUCCUCCCUUCUCUGCAGGGAAUCUUCAGUAUCCUGAGCCCAUUGGUCCCCAUUUCUUGCUGUCUCUUGCUCCCCCUCAGCUGGUUUCAGCCAGGAGGAUGCAAGUUUUGUUUUGCUGGCCACUUACAGAGUAGGUUUCCAGUUUUUGUGGACUUUGUUGGUCUCAAGUGGCACUUGUUUGUCCUGGAUAUGUCCAGCCUCCAAGUCACCGAACUUGGGAAUUGCCUGCCCCAAUAUUCUUGUUUCACAACAAAUGCCUUAGUUUUUAAACCACUUUUAAUCUUAGGGGUUCUGUUCAAUGUAAGCUGGCUCGAGGACAGAAGUGGGCUCUGCCAGCAUGAAGAGAUGGACAGCUUUUGUGAGACACCCAAGUGUGGUGUCAGUGCUGUGAGCAGAACAACAAACAACAGCUCUUAUUCUUGUUUCAGCUUAACAUGCAUUGCUGCUCAAAGCCUCCUGAGGAAGAACACUGAUCUUUAUGGGCCUGAUCUUGUGGCCUGUGUGCGAAGAUUAUCUGUGAGAACCUAAGCACUGGGCAUUUGUUGUAACAACUUCUGGUGUGUCUGGGAACAGCCUGAAUUGGGUCCCUUGUUCCCAGUGGAUAUUUCUUAUUUUCAAGCCCUCCUUAGAAGAACUUAAUCCCCUGGGGCCUGCCAACAUCCCUGAAAUCUAUUCAGUAGGUAGAUGUCACUGUCCCCUAAAAGGGCCAGGUCGAAGUCGUAACUGGUACAGACACUGACUAGUAGGGAGUUGGGAGACUGCAGCAAAUGACAGAAUGUGAUGCUUCUAAAGAUAUAUCCACAAACAUUUUUCAUGGCUUUAGGUAUGAGGACUUAUAGAAAUCCUAAGGACUCCCAUAUUUUGUCUUUUAUGGUUAUAUCACUAUCAGAACAUUUUUUGCAAUAAACUUCACACAUUUAUAGUAUACAAUUUGAUAAGUUACAAUAGGUUUGCACCUGUGAAAUCAAGUUUCCUAACUUCAUUUAUAAUCCCUCUUCCCCUUACGCAUUCCCAGGCAACCACUUGUUUUCUGUCACUAGAUAUCUUUGCAUUUUCUAGAACUUUAUAUAUGGUAUAAAUGGACUAGUUUAAUAAUAUGUCUGGCUUUUUUGACUCUGCAUAAUAAUUUUGUGGUUUAUGAAUGUUUUAUGUAUCAGUAGUUCACUCCUUUUUACCCAUAUCUUUGCUAAAAGCACUCCACUUAAGGGAAAUAGUCCCAAAGCAAGUGAUCCAGGAAAACACACAGUAAUGAAGCCACAGUAUUAUAAUCUUAACCUGAAAGUGGUGUCAUCAUUUAUGAUAUGGUCUAUGGGUGACACUAAUUGUGCUACAAGGUAGAAGUACACUCCACAACAAUGAGGAGGUAGGGAUUUGUGAGGGCAUUUCUUGGACACCAGUGACCACAGAGUUGUUUUUAAUUUUCCUUACCUUUUUAGUCUUUUAAUAAUCAAUUACAUUGAUUUUCAAAAGUUGAACCUUGCAUUUAUGGGGCAUACCUGACUUGGUCAUAAUGCAUUACUUUUAUGUAUUGUUGGAUUUUACAGUCAUGCAUGCACCUCUUAACUGUGGGGCACAUUCUGAGAAAUGUGUCAUUAGGCGAUUUUGUCAUUGUGUGAACAUCACAGAGACACUUACACAAACCUAGGUGGUCCAAAAACAAAACAAACCUAGAUUGUCUAGCCAACUACACAUCCAGGCUGUAUGGUAUAGCCUAUUGCUCCUAGGCUAUAAGCCUGUAAGCAUGUUACUGUACUGAGUACUGUAGAAAAUUGUAACAAUGGUAAAUAUAAAUGUGUUAAUGUAUCUAAACACAGAAAAGGUAUAGUAAAAAUAUGGCAUAAAAAAUGGUGCACCACACAGGGCACUUACCAUGAAUGGAGCUUGCAGGGCAGAAGUUGCUUUGGGUGAGUCGUUGAGUUGUGAGUGAUGUGAAAGCCCAGGACAUUAUUGUACAUGGCUGUAGACUUGAUAACACUGUACGCUUAAGCUACACAAAGUUUAUUUUUAAGUCCUUUAAUUUCUUCAAUAAUAAAUUAACCUUG